UCUAAUACAAAAACCAUAACAAGUGAUCAUAAUCCUAUUUCCAGGUCUCUCUCAACUGAAAUCAUGAGUUGUUCAACACUGGAGCACUUUAGCCACCCCAACCACUCACUGAUAUUGAAAGAUGAUGUUGUUAUUAGAGCUGAUGCUACAUGUUCUGUUUGUUACAAAUCUGUGGUAGGCACUCCUACAUAUACAUGCAGUACUGAUAAUAUUGCUUGUCAAAAUUUUUACCUCCACAAGAGUUGUGCUGAAUUACCCGAACAGAUUAUUCGCGACAAGCAAGACAAACACCCCCUUACUCUACAACCACGCUCCAAACAUUGCAAUUGUGAUGUUUGUAAGAGUCGUGUACAGAUCUCUUAUGCAUGUAAGGACUGUGAUUUUGACGUGUGUGUUGCUUGUGCUCUCUUUUCUUCUUUUGAUCCAGAACAGAGAGUUAUUCGUCAUCAAGGUCACGAGGAGCACACACUCACAUUACAGAGGCAAGCGUUUUUUAGGUGUGAUGCUUGUUGGGAGGAAAGUAAUGAUUAUUCCUAUGUAUGUUUGGCGUGUGAUUUUUGGAUCCACAAGAAGUGUGCUGCUUCUCCUCCCAUCAUUCCAGCUCCUACGUAUCACCACCAUCCUCUCAGUCUUAUCUUCGCUAUUCCUGACAUGCACUGCUAUUUCACCCGAUACUGUCCCAUCUGCAAGGAACGAGUUCAAUUCCUUUGCUGGUCUUAUUACUGUCAAAAAUGCACACUGUUUGUGCAUCUGAAAUGUUCGACGUCUACAGUAUCUUUUGUAGACGAGACUGAAGGGAACGACAUUGCUGAUAAUGAACCUGAUUUGGUCCAGUUUCCUCUGCCUGACGAAGAAGCCUUACUUGAUUUGAUUAUCACCCAGUGCAGUAAGUUCCUAGUUAAAACUCAUCGUGAGGGUCAAAACAGUAGUGAUGAGCCAAAUAUUAUUGAAAAACACUGGGGUCAUCGGAACCAUCCAUUACAACUGCACCAGUUUACUGUUGGUGUGGAUGAUGAUGAUAAAAGAGUGUUGAUAUGUGACGCGUGCAUUCAACCCAUAUCAAUUAGGCGUCCAAGUUACUAUGCGUGCAUUGAAUGCGGUUUCUUCCUCCACUCCUUCUGUGCCAAUAAGUUGCCAGCUAAUUUGCCUGUAGGAGCAUCUCCAUUACACCCCCGCCAUUCACUCUUUCUUAGGCAGCAGUAUAAAUUCUAUAGUUUCGCGAAAUGUGGAAUUUGCCAAUACAGCACAAAUGGGUUCUAUUAUCUAUGCAAGACUUGUGAUAUCCGAUUUGAUAUACGUUGUGUAUUCUUACCCACCAGGAUUAGACAUAAAUCUCACAAACACCACUCCCUUGUUCAGACUCAGCCCUCCCGUAGAAGUUGUGAUGCAAGUGGGUUUAAGUUUGGUGAUAUAUUGAAAUAUUCAUGUCAAACUUGCAGUCGCUUCCAGAUUAGUCUAGUAUCCGCAUUUUAUCCCAGUAGGAUGAAACACAGAUACGAUGAUCACUCCCUAAUCUUGAGACAUCCUCCAUUCUUCUACGAAGGAGUAUUCUAUUGUCAAAUAUGUGAAGAACAAGUUAAUAAUCAGUGGUGGCUUUAUCACUGUGAUGAAUGCAACCAGUCUUUCCACUUUGACUGCGUCCGUUGGUACGAAAGCGUUAAGGUAGGAAGAAGAAUUAAACAUAGUUUUGGCAAUCAAGAACACACACUUGCGUUGGUUUUAAAGAAGACCCAGAGAAGGAAUUCUCCGCCCUACCUAUGUGGCAUUUGUGGAGCUGGACACACGUUUCAGUACUUUUUGGAAUGUGAAGGAUGUGGAUAUCUUGCAUGCAUCUUCUGUAUUAGGAGAGUCUAUGGUACCACUGAGUAAAGACCCUCAUUCCGGUAUUCGUUAUUUGUAUUCAUAUUUUUUUCUAUCUUAUAUGAUGAUGAUGUAACUUUUGCUUUUACUAAAUGAGUAUCUUUUUACUUGUUAA